GGUUGUCUCGACCUACUUGAAAACUUGGAAAAUCAUUUCGUUGAGGCUCUUGAUAUUUUCACUGAACUUUUGACCUGUUUGUCUUUUGGAAAAAACUAGUGUGUGCAUAAGAAAUAAUAUCCUUAAUUUCAGGUUACAUAUUGUAUGAUCACAUUUUGGUAAGCAUUUUGGCUAAACAAUCAUCUUUUCUCAGUUGUGGCAGGUUUGUAAAUGGCUGAGCUUUCUGGUACCCCGGAAUGAGUUACUUGUCUGAAUUUGCUUUUACUUUACGCUGUUCCGGGGAAAUUUAUUCUUUGUUACUAUCAUUAAGAUCUUAUGCUAAAAAUAGGAAAGGACAAUAAAAUCUAGAAGAUCAUGACUGCAAACAAAAACUUUAAUAAUUAAGUGGGAUAUAUCUGGAUCAAAGUCGUAAAUUUUAGCAACAAGAAAUGUGAUUGAUGUGUUUGUGACAUGAAUUCUUGCAUAGAAAGGACUUAUUUUUCUCUGAUUACGACUAUCUAAUGCUGUUCACAUAUCUCUGUUUCUUUCUCAAUCAACAGGUUGCUCGAGAACUGUUUAAAGGGGUAGCCAGUUUUGCAGAUGGAAAUCGUAAGCUUUUGGCAAUGAUUAGUGCAGUCUUUCUUAGUUUCGUCCCUUGGAUUCAAGUCAGCAGAUCAAGGGCACUUCUUUUAAUGGUGAAGCCAGCAAUUUUUCUUGUGGCUGUCACAAUGGGAGCGUUUCUGCAUGCUGUCCUAUUAGCUUUUAAUGCUUUGGCUAUUCCAAGUCUUUCACUCAUGUCUGGAGGUAGUAAGUCACCUUUUGCCAAGAACGAAAACGCCAGUGCUCUUUUACUUGUUGCCAGCCAGAAAACCUUGCCCGUGAUGGUAGCAGUUGUCGAGCAGCUUGGUGGUGCUUUAGGUGAAUCUGGCUUACUUGUUCUUCCAUGUGUAGCAGCGCAUCUGAACCAGAUUAUCAUUGACUCCUUCCUAGUAAGUGUCUGGAAACAAAAGGAGGGUGAAUUUGGAAAUGCCAAGUCCGCAUAGGCCUUGUUUUAAGAGACACACUGGGCUGAUGCGACUCGUCUAGGAAUGGGAUAUAAUGAGCACAGGACCCAACUGCUGAUCCAUCACAUAUCUUGGCUGAAACUCUUCUCCUGCAUAAAUCUAAGGUUGGUCUAUCAUUUCUUGGAAGAAUGGCAGGACCUUAUAUAAAUAUUAAUGCAGUAAGGAAACAAAGUCUCUAGUAUAAAAUGAGGGAUAUUGCAUUUUCCCCCUUUUCUUGAAAAGGAGUGGAAAUUUACAUGAAAUGUCGAACAUCAAAGUUGUAGAUUUCAAUUCCAGUAUCGAAAGAGCUUUAGGAUAUGAUGGAAUUUGAUCAAUAUCAAAACUUCAAAACUGUACAAGUGCAUUGUUUUUGUGAAUGUGUAUGCAUUUGAGUUAAUAUCUGAACAUUGGCUUUGCACCCAAUGCAAAAGUGGUGUAUUUUUCUCAAUAGUCAAUAC